AUCCGGCCUACUUUCACAGUUUUGUAAAGUUUAUUCUGUUUUAUUCAUACAUCAUUCAUCUGACUGAUUUUUCAAUCUCAGUUUUUCUCCAUUAUGGUAAAAGGAGAGAUGCACUAAGAGACUGCAAGGGAGGCUACAAAUACACAGUUUGUACGGUGGAUGGUCCGUGAUGAGAAGGAGAUAGGGUCGCUACCCUUGUAAGGGACUCAUUCUGAUAAGAGAAACUGACUUCCACCCCUGAGGAGCUUCAGGUGUGAAGACUGACAAACAACAAAUAAGAAAAUAACUUAGGACUUCAUAUAGGGAACACACAAUUCAGUAGAAAUGUAUCCUGUAACUGAUUCCAAAUGCUUAUUCCUAUAGGAGGAAGUAAUGGCUCCGGGCUUUAUUUAGGUCACUCUUAUGCUAUUUGGAAUCAUUUGUUUGACCUGCUGCCUUCACACUGUGAGCUCUUUGAGAGCCCCUUGAGUAUUUUCUUGAUGAGUGAUUACAAAUUUACAAAUUAAAUGAGUAACAGGGUCAAGGAAUCCUGAAGAUAAAAUUUUGAGUUAGAUUUCAACUGUAGAGAAGACUGAGGAGAGAAAUUGGUACCAGGACUGUGAAGGAAAUUAUUAUUCUCACAUUCAUACUGUUCAAUAGCUCACAAAACACUUUGGCAAACAUUAUUAUGUUUGAUAUUCACUAUAACAUUAAAAAUUAGCAUGUAUGCCAAUUUAUGGAUCAGAAAACUGAAGAGAAUUAGCUAAUGACAUGCUCUUUUUCAAUCACAAUUGGUACAAAACUCAACUGAUCUAACUGCAAAGUCAAAUAUUCUUUCCAGGACAUGGAAUUUUGCAACUUGUAGCAUCACUCUCUUAGUUGUCUAGAUACAUUUUGCCAACUAUUUGUCUCUUCCCAACCUCAUCAUUCCAGAUGUGUUUCGGCCUCCAUCAAGUGUCCACCAGCAUAGAGAAGACCCUCUUUUUUCUCUGUAAGCCCUUACCCAUUCUUCCACAGACCUUGUCAAUUCUCCAGCUGGUCUUCCCAAGUUUCCUCCCCUGUUUGCCUUCACUUAUAUGGAAAAAUAUGAGAGAAAUUUGAAGGGAAAGGGCCUUAAGACAUGGGUUCUAGGCCUGGACUCACUACCCACUUAGGCCCUCCCUUUUUCCUCUAGUAUUCAGACACCCCAGGUAUUUCUAAGGGUUGUUGAAGCAUUAACUAAAGUCAUGCAUAUGAAAACACACACUGCAAGCCCUAAAGAACUAAAGAAACAUGCUGUCUUUUAAUAUAUGACUCUCACAUUAAAGGGAAUGCCCAGGGCGCCAUUAAGUGAUGGAUCUAGUUUGAAGGAAUUGUCAGGAACAGCAAAUUUACUGAACACAAGUGGCUCAGAGCAGCCCCAGAAACCAGUGUCCCCUCCCAGAGAAGCAAGUACCUCUGGACAGCACUCUAGACGAAAAUUAGAACUCAGGAGAAAGGAAAUUCAAGUAAGGAUGUACAGCCUGCGAGAGAGAAAGGGCCAUGCAUACAAAGAGGUCAGCGAGCCUCAGGAUGACGACUACCUUUAUUGUGAGAAGUGUCAGAACUUCUUCAUAGACAGCUGUGCUGCUCAUGGGCCCCCUACAUUUGUAAAGGACAGUGCAGUGGACAAGGGGCAUCCCAACCGCUCAGCCCUCAGCCUGCCCCCUGGGCUGAAAAUCAGACCAUCAGGCAUCCCUCAGGCUGGGCUUGGAGUAUGGAAUGAGGCAUCUGAACUGCCACUAGGUCUGCACUUCGGCCCGUAUGAGGGCCAGGUCACAGAAGACGAAGAGGCAGCCAACAGUGGAUACUCCUGGCUGAUAACCAAGGGGAGAAACUGCUAUGAGUAUGUAGAUGGAAAGGACGACUCUUGGGCCAACUGGAUGAGGUAUGUGAACUGUGCCCGGGAUGAGGAGGAGCAGAACCUGGUGGCCUUCCAAUACCACAGGCAGAUCUUCUAUCGGACCUGCCAGGUCAUCAGGCCAGGCUGUGAACUGCUGGUCUGGUACGGGGAUGAGUAUGGCCAGGAGCUGGGCAUCAAGUGGGGCAGCAAGUGGAAGGAAGAGCUCACCAUAAGGCAAGCAGAACCAAAGCCAGAAAUCCAUCCGUGUCCCUCAUGCUCUCUGGCCUUCUCCAGUCAGAAAUUCCUCAGUCAACAUGUAAAACACACCCACUCCUCUCAGAUCUCUCCAAGAACAUCUGGAAGAAAACACCUCCAACCAGAGAAUCCCUGCCCAGGGGAUCAGAAUCAGGAGCAGCAACACUCUGAUCCACACAGCUGCAAUGACAAAGCCAAAGAUCAAGAAGUCAAAGAAAGGCCCAAACCCUUUCAUAAAAAGACACAGCAGAGGGGAAUUUCAAGGGCAUUUUCCAGCCCACCCAAAGGAAAAAUGGGGAGCUGCAGGGAGGGUAAAAGAAUAAUGGAGGAAGAGCCCAGAACAGGCCAGAAAGUGGGUCCAGGGGACACAGACAAAUUAUGUGCGGCAGGAGGAAUCUCAAGAAUUUCAAGAGUCAAGUAUGGAGACAGUGGGCAAAGCUUCAGUGAUAAGUCAAAUGUCAUCAUACACCAGAGGACACACACAGGGGAGAAGCCCUAUGUCUGCAGGGAGUGUGGGCGAGGCUUUAGCCAAAAGUCACACCUCCUCAGACACCAGAGGACACACACAGGGGAGAAGCCCUAUGUCUGCAGGGAGUGUGGGCGAGGCUUUAGCCAAAAGUCAGACCUCCUCAUACACCAGAGGACACACACAGGGGAGAAGCCCUAUGUCUGCAGGGAGUGUGGGCGAGGCUUUAGCUGUAAGUCAAGCCUCCUCAUACACCAGAGGACACACACAGGGGAGAAGCCCUAUGUCUGCAGGGAGUGUGGGCGAGGCUUUAGCCGUAAGUCAAGCCUCCUCAUACACCAGAGGACACACACAGGGGAGAAGCCCUGUGUUUGCAGGAAGGGUGAGUAAGUCAUUAGCACUAAAACUACAUCUCAACAGCCACAGGAGGGCACCUCCUCACCUCACACCUUCCCACCCCAGCUCUGGGGGGGGCUUCUAAGGAAGUCUACUGACCCUUUAUAUUUCCCAAGAGUGUAAAGAGACCAGAAAUAACUGACUAAACAAAUCCUCUACUUUCAUGACUAGAGAUGAGGAAUAAAAACAGUGUGUGUGUGGGAGGGGUGAUUCCUUAAAUUUUCAGGGGGUGUUGACUUGUGGUUCUUUUCCACAUUGAUUCCCUCCAUGGUUGGUUUUUUGGGAUGUUUUUGUUUUCUUUUGCCUCCUGUUCUAAUAAAAUUUUU